GGGUGCAGGAAUAUCUACUCUAGGAUAUACGCUCACACUAGACAGGCACAACCUACCUUGACCAUGCAGGGACUACGCUCUACUCCAAGUCUCUGAUCGAGCGCUUCUCCGCCGACAUGAUGACCAACCUCUACGGCAACCCACACUCGGCCUCGGACGCCUCUCAACUGACCACACGCCGGAUCGAGGAUGUGCGACUACGUCUCUUGCAGUUGUUCAACGCCGAUCCACAGGAGUUUGACGUGGUCUUUGUCGCAAACGCCACUGCUGGGAUAAAACUGGUCAUGGAAGCGUUUCGUGAUCAAGAUGGGGGAUUCUGGUAUGGCUACCAUCGAGAUGCGCAUACGAGUUUAAUAGGCGUACGCGAGGGUGCGACCAAGCACAAGUGCUUCGCUUCGGAUGCGGAAGUCAAUGCGUGGGUCGAGGGUGACGAGAAUGAGUCUGAUUGUACCCAACUAUUCGCAUACCCAGCCCAGUCCAACAUGAAUGGGCGUCGUCUACCGUUGGAUUGGUCGCGCCGCAUUCGCACCAACAAGCGCGACUCGGUGUACACCCUGCUAGACGCUGCAGCCUUAGUCUCUACAUCGCCCCUUGACCUUGGAAACCCUGACGCGGCCCCCGACUUUACGGUGCUGAGCUUGUACAAAAUGUUUGGCUUUCCCGAUCUUGGCGCACUUAUCGUCAGGCAAGCAUCAGCAUCGAUAUUCGACAAACGACGCUACUUUGGCGGUGGCACUGUCGACAUGGUCGUGUGCCUCCAAGAACAAUGGCAUGCAAAGAAGGCAGAGUCACUCCAUGAAAGGCUAGAGGACGGCACGCUGCCUAUACAUAGUAUCAUGGCGCUUGAUAGCGCAAUGACUAUUCACCAGGAACUGUACACUUCGUUGGAAAGAAUCUCAAGGCACACUGCCUUUCUUGCCCAAAGGCUACACCAAAAGCUCUUGUCGUUGCGGCACGGAAAUGGCCAACAAGUCUGCCACGUCUACAAAGACCCGGCGUCGACGUAUGGAGAUUGUCUUAGUCAAGGUCCAAUUGUUGCCUUCAAUCUUCAAAAUCAAUAUGGUGGCUGGGUUAGCAACGCAGAGGUGGAGAAACUGGCUGCAAUCAAGAACAUCCAGCUCCGAACCGGCGGGCUCUGCAAUCCUGGUGGUGUUGCAUCGUUUCUGGCGUUGGCCCCGUGGGAAAUGCGCGAGAACUUCUCGGCCGGGCAGCGGUGCGGCAAUGACAACGACAUCAUCCGCGCGAAGCCCACGGGCAUCAUACGUGUCAGUUUUGGAGCCAUGAGCGCCCUAUCAGACGUAGAGUGCUUUGUCUCGUUCUUGCGCGAGUUUUUCGUUGAGAAACGCCCUCAGUUGGACGUGUCUCCAAUGGCGAUUGUUGGUAUCGAGCCACCAACGCAAAGUCGCCUACAUGUGGAGAGUCUCUGCGUGUAUCCUAUCAAAAGCUGUGCGGGGUUCAGCGUGCCGCCGGGUAGACCAUGGGAUGUGCGUCCAGAGGGCCUUGCGUGGGAUCGUGAAUGGUGUCUUGUCCAUCAGGGAACAGGUGCUGCACUGAGCCAAAAGCGCUACCCAAAGAUGGCCCUCAUACGACCUAGCAUUGACCUUGAAAAAGGCGUGCUGCGAGUGAGUCUGGCGGGCGCAUUGCAGGACGCCGCUAUCACGCACGAGAUAACCAUCCCUCUCUCAGCAGACCCACGUCUGUUUACAGAAGAAGCCAUGUACAAAGAUGCUAGUGCCAAAGUGUGCGGAGACACCAUCAAGGCAAAGACGUACAGGUCGAGCGACAUAUCAGCCUUCUUUACACAGGCUCUUGGAGUACCUUGUCACCUGGCUCGGUUCCCAGCUGUUAGCAAUGGCAGUGGCGUAUCAAGACAUUCAAAGGCGCAUCUGCAAAAGCAUCAGAAGACGGGCGCUAUGCGAGUGCCCGGCGCGUUCCCAGAAACGGUGCCAGUUACACCUGGCGCGUGCGUUUCGAAGCCUAUUUUACUGGCGAAUGAGAGUCCUAUUCUGACUAUUUCACGAUCGAGCCUCAAUCGUUUGAACGAGUUAAUCAAAGCGGAGGGCGGCAAGGCGGCGCAAGCAGAGGUGUUCAGAGCCAACAUUGUGGUUGCGGAGAACCCAGCGUACCCGCCUGGGCUGGAGGACCCGUACGCUGAAGACGAGUGGCGCUACCUUCGGAUUGGUCAACAGUAUUUUGAGAUGCUGGGGGCGUGCCGGAGGUGUCAAAUGGUGUGCAUCGACCAGCAAACGGCUGAAAGAAACCAAGAGCCGUUUGUAACGCUUUCGAAGACGCGACGAUUUGACGGGCGCGUGUACUUUGGCGAACACACAUGUCAUCUACCGUGGAGCAAUGCGUCAUCGCCCAUUACGCAGAACCCCACUAUUACGGUCGGCGACGCCGUGAGCCCCAUUCGCGAGGACGAGGUAGAGCAGAACAGCCAGCUGCAAGCUCUCGUUGGUUAG